AUGGAUGCCAGUCAGAAUUCUGCGGCGGACUCGUCGCAGGCCGUGCAGAGGCAAGUGCGCGUGCAGCUUACCAGUCAACAAGAAGAGAUCGCACUGCCCGACAGUACAGGCCCAAUCUUAGUUCCUACCGGUCUGAAGCGGUACGCUCUCUCAACAUUGGUCAAUAAUCUCUUGAGCAAUGACAAACCGAUCCCAUUUGAAUUCCUUAUCAACGGGUCUUUUCUCCGAACUUCAAUCGAUGAAUAUCUCACGGCCAACGGAAUCUCGGCGGAAACUACUUUGGAGAUUGAAUAUGUUCGAGCUUUAAUACCACCUUUGCAUAUCGCCUCAUUUGAGCACGAUGACUGGGUAAGCUCAGUUGACGUGCUUUCUGCAUCGUCGCCUGCUGCGGCUGGCUCAAGUGCUGCAUCACAAGGCCAGGCACGGAUCCUCUCAGGAAGCUACGAUGGCCUCCUACGUUUAUGGAAUAUGUCUUCUCAAGUGAUCGCAACCUCACCGUCACCAACUGAGGGCGGGCAUGCUUCGUCUAUCAAGGCCACAAAAUUCAUCUCCCCGACCUCGAUUGUGUCGGCCGGCCUCGAUCGUACAGUGCGCCUAUGGAAGUAUUCCGAAAGUGAAGAUGGAUUUUCGGGGAAGAUUGCUCCACAACUCGAACUUUAUGGGCACAAAUCAGGGAUCAAUUCGUUAGCCGUACACGCACCUUCAAAUCGCAUCCUUUCGGCCUCAGCAGACCACAGUGUAGGGUUUUGGUCGACAAAGAAAUCCGAGGCGCCAGCCGCCCCUGAAGAUCUGCUCCCAUCAGCUGCGUCGAGGACAUCCAAGAAGAGGAAACUAAAUGCUUCUGUGAGCGUCUCACAACGUGGGCCACUCGCGCUCCUAUCCUCCCAUACCGCACCCGUCUCAGAUGCAAUCUUCGACGCCAAUGACUCUACGGUCGGCUACUCUGCGUCAUGGGAUCACUCGCUGCGCACAUGGGAUCUUGUCACCGCGGCACUUGUGGAUACACGAACAACGUCCCAUUCUCUUCUUUCGCUCCAGCACCUGCCUGAUCACAACCUUCUUGCGACUGGAACAUCUGCCCGUCACACCACCCUCAUAGACCCGCGUGCAUCGGCAGCAACCAUCUCCGCUAUGACCCUCCGCGGCCAUACAAAUGCUGUGGUUUCUCUCGCACGGGAUCCCAACAGCUCAUAUGGGCUUAUCAGUGGCAGCCACGAUGGCACAUGCCGAAUCUGGGAUCUGCGUGCUACGAAAACAGACAAAGGUGGGGCUGUGGGUGAAAGUGUGUAUUCCAUUUCGCGGAAGAGUUUGGAGGAAGAGGGCAAAGCAAACACCAAGCGCGUGGGUGGAGAGGGGGUCAAAGUUUUCAGUGUAUGCUGGGAUCGCGAAGUGGGUAUAGUGAGCGCUGGUGAGGACAAGCGGAUUCAAAUCAACCGCGGCGAGGGUGUGCUCUCAUCUAGUUAG